AUGUUGACAUCUCAGCUGAAGGAUGCUUAUCGCGCCCUCAAUCUGUCCUACGAUGCUGAGUGGGAGAAGAUCAUGGACCGAGCCAGGAGUUUGAAGCACAGGUAUAAGGCCGCUGGAGACAAGCGUAGUCUGGCUCGGGUCUAUAAGGCGUUCUCCAUCCUAGAGGCCGACAGGAAGAAAAGGCUGUAUGGUGGUGAUGAGCAGCUCAUAGGCCGAUCGAGGCGGGACCGGGAGCUUGAUGGGAUGUACAACCAUAUGACUAAGGAGAUCGCUAAGCGUCGGAGGGAAGAGACCGCGGUUGGUGGAUCUGCAUCAGCUGAACGGGUCGACCUCAUGCACACUGUAGUGGCCGAUGACACUGUUCACACUGGGGAUGUUAAGGGGAAGGAAGAGCCCUCGAUGAGCUCGUCCAGUAAGGAGAUGGGUCCGCCCAUGAAGAAAGCAAAGGACGGUGAAGAGGAAUCGGGCAAGUCGGAAGGCUCGAGUGAGACCAAGAGUGAAUCGCAUCAGACUAAAAUGUCCGAGGUCGACUGGCCGGCCCAGUUCGCCAGAAUGCGAGAUGGGAUGACCAAACACGAGAAGUAUUUCCUCGUGUGUAAGUUGCUAUUGGAAAAGUUUAAUAAGUUUAUGCGAGAGCCCACAAUACAGCGGAGGGAGAUCUUGCAUUGUGUGGAUGCGGUGGCCACAGCACCCUACACCAAGUCGAUUCUCAAGACGUUUACAUACGAACGUGAUGCACCUCAUGAACUGGACAUCUAUAACUGCAAUAGUGAGACGCUGAGGGAGAACAGGGAGGUCGCCCAGAAGCUGGUCAAGGGGGUGGUCUUGAACCAGCGGUACUUCACGAACAUCCCUGACGGGGUCUUGGAAGCCCCUGAAGGAGUGGUAUCGAUUUUCGACGUCUGGGACUUCACCGUUCUUAAGCGUAACAGCCUUUAUUCGAGUGACAACUUCGUGUUCACUAAGGCGUGCAAAGACCUCACUGCACUGGUAGGACCGGUUUGGGACGGUGUGUGGAUCCCCAACGGUUGGCAGAUGCUCGCCAAGGAGAAUAAGUGGCGAAACCUCAACGUCGAUCCUUUGGCCUCGCUGAAGUCCCCGACAGAGGACAGUGAAGAGGAGGACAUUGUCGACGGUGAAGGUCUAGAGGAUGAUGACAUUCCUGACGGUUUGAAGUGUGAGGUGACCAGCGAGGACGACGAAGACGAGAAAGAGCCGAAACCGAAUUUGCUGGCGAUAACGCCAUCACAUGGGGGAUGGACCCAACCAAAUGAAGAAACACUUGAGCGACGAUUACGAGCAGAGUUCGUCCGGUCGAUAGGAGCCAUGGUACGGGCUAGUCACCGCCCUGGUAGAUCUAGUGAUGCCAAGGAGACCAUGAAGCAAGUGUAUCAACAUCGCGAUAUCUUCUCGAAGGUCCAGCAGGAGGCAAUCCUAGAGUACAAUAUGGUUUUGCACCAAGCCCAACUGAGCACUCAAGGGGACAAGUCAUAUCGCUUCGAGUAUCGCAGCAUUCUCGAGUCGAAGACACCUGUCCGAGAUGCCCGGGAGACUAGGAUAUCGUUCGACCAUCAGCGUGGUGCCUUCGCUACUAUGUGAACGGCACCUCAGUACACUACGUUAUUACUACUGUCUUAAGUUCGUUGCUGGAAUCAGCUCAGGCCAU